AUGUCGUGGGAUGGUUUUAAGAAAGCUGUUACCAGGGCCGGAGGCUCUGUUAUGGUUAAGGAUGUUGAUAAGACUAUGGACAAGGAUUUCGAUGUCGAGGAGAGAAGGUACAAGACUUUACAGGCAGCAGGGAACAAUUUGCAAAAGGCAUCAAAGGGAUAUUUGGAUAGUUUGAGACAAGUCACAUCUUCACAGGUGAAUAUUGCUGAGAUUGUUUCUAAUUUAUAUGAAGACUCAAAGGGUGGUGGAUCAUUGUACAGUAACGUCGGAGGCAUAUAUUUACAAACUGUACGAGAAUUUGAUGAAGAAACCGUGAAACAAAUGGAUGGACCUUUCCGUGAAACAAUCCUAGACCCUAUCACCAAAUUUUCUAAUUAUUUCUCUGAAAUUGAUGAAGCGAUAAAGAAGAGAGCACACAAGAAAACAGACUAUGACCAAUGUAAGGCUAAAGUAAGAAGAUUGAUUGACAAACCAGCAAAGGAUGCUGGUAAGUUGCCACGUGCAGAAAAGGAAUUGCAGGUUUCAAAGGAGAUAUACGAGCAAUUGAAUGAACAAUUGAAGGUAGAAUUACCUCAAUUGAUAUCACUCAGAGUUCCAUACUUUGAUCCUUCUUUUGAAGCUUUAGUCAAGAUACAACUGCGUUUCUGUACCGAGGGUUAUUCUCGGUUGGCACAAGUACAACAAUACUUGGAUCAGGAUUCCAGAGACCAUUAUGCUAACGGGUUGUUGGACCAAAAAAUUGAUGAUCUUUUGGUUCAAAUGCAUAGCUUAAACAUAACUAGUUUGGCUAAGUAG